AUGGCAGGAAGAAAAUUUACAGGUGUUCUUGUUCUUCACAUUGCGUAUCUCUUGUGUGGAUUUACCUUCUGCUUGCCCACAACAAAAAUAGCAGACUAUGAUGUGGACGGUGGACGGGACCUUGACAUUUUUGACAUCAAUGAAGAGGCAGGGUUGAAUCUUUUCGAGGGGGACAUUGUGCUUGAUGAGAGGCAAACUCGAAAUUCCAUAAUUGGGGAUCAGUACAGGUGGCCAAAGACAAUCCCAUACUACAUGGAAGAUGACUUAGAGAUCAAUGCAAAAGGUGUGAUCCUGAAGGCGUUUGAGCAGUACCGGCUCAAGACCUGCAUCGACUUCAAACCUUGGAGCGGAGAAAAAAACUACAUUUCCAUCUUUAAAGGGGGCGGCUGUUUCUCCUCUGUGGGAAACCGACAAGUUGGGAAGCAGAGGUUGUCAAUAGGGACAAACUGCGACCGCAUCGCCACCAUUGAGCACGAGUUCCUUCACGCUCUGGGGUUCUGGCAUGAGCAGUCCAGAUCAGACCGCGAUGAUUAUGUUAAUAUCAUGUGGGACCGCAUCUCAGAGGGUAAAGAACACAACUUUAACACCUACGACGACACCACCUCCAGCUCUCUGGGUGUGCCCUACGACUACGGCUCCAUGAUGCACUACAGUAAGAACGCCUUCAGAAACGGCACCGAGCCCACCAUCGUCACCAAGAUCCCUGCUUUCAGUGAUGUCAUCGGCCAGCGUAUGGAGUUCAGUGACAGUGACCUGCUCAAGCUGUCCCGCCUCUACAACUGCACUCAGGGCUCCACAUUCCUGGACUCAUGCGACUUUGAACGUGAGAACAUCUGUGGUAUGAUCCAGGGAGAAGGAGACAAGGCAGACUGGGUCAGAGUUAGUGAAGCUGUUGGAGGGCCCAACACUGACUACUCCAACAUGGGAAAAUGCACUGGCUCUGGUUAUUUCAUGCACUUCAACACUGGUACAGCCAACACCAUGGACACAGCUCUGCUGGAGAGCAGGCUUCUUUACCCCAAAAGAGGAUACCAGUGUCUGCAGUUCUUCUACUACAACAGCGGUGACACUAAGAAGUCACUGAAGAUCUAUGUGAGAGAAUAUGACAAAGCUAACCCCAACGGAAAACUGCGCUUUAUACAGACCAUAUAUGGAUCCACCCAGGAGCUGUGGCAGCUGCAUCAUGUGAGUCUGAACGUCAAAACAAAAUUCCGCGUUGUCUUUCAAGGGACCAAGGAGGGUCCUGGGUCUGCGCCAGGGGGACUGUCAUUGGAUGACAUUAACCUUUCUGAGACCACCUGCCCAGAGUUUAUAUGGCGAGUGAAAAACUUCAGCCACGUGAUGGACACCACCCCAAUGAACACAUCUAUCUUCAGCCCCCCGUUCCACUCUAAGGAGGGUUACACCUUCCAGAUGCAGCUGUACCCCAGCGGUAAGGCAGGUUACCCUGAGGAGCUGUCAGCCUAUGCUCAUCUGGUUGCCCGUGAAGGGGACACGGGUCAGAAAUGGCCAUGCCCCUGGAAACAGAUGACCAUGAUGCUCAUGGACCAGCACCCACACAUCCAAAAGCGCAUGUCCAACCAGCGUAGUGUCACCACAGACCCUACCAUGAAGGCAACAGACACUGGCAGCUUUUUCUGGGACGACCCUCGCAAGGUGGGCGUUGAGGUCACGCAUACAGAUGGAUCCAAGUAUUUCCGAGGGCCAGGCGCCGGCACUCCAGUGUAUCUCACCCACCUCAGAGCGAAGAGCAGGGAUUUCAUAAAGGGAGGGGACGCCAUCUUUCUCCUCACCAUGGAGGAUGUGUCUCAUCUGACAGUGUCUCUGCCUCCCACAACCCAGAAGCCUUCCACAAACAAGCCGACUGUCACCUCUCCCACCUCUGACGUCUGCCGCAAUGUGGUGUGUCAGAAUGAUGGAGUCUGUGUGGUGGAUGGGGGGAAGGCUGCUUGCAGGUGUCAGGUGGGCGAUGACUGGUGGUACUAUGGCGACAGCUGUCAGUUCAAGGGCUCCAAUCAAGAUAAAACCAACCUGGUACUUGCCGUUUCUCUGUCUGUACUGGGAGUGAUGCUGGUGGUCACGGUAGUCUCUGUCAUCUGUGUGAAGAAGAAGUUGAAGAAAAAAACCAAGGCCAAUACUAAUACCAUGGAAAACAGUGUUGUCAUGGAAAGCACCAAUUCAAGAUUCUGAACUUUCUGAUGAAACUUGGUAAACAGAAGAAAACUGUGAAAAAAGCAGAUUUUAAGUAAAAUAAAUUAAUCUUUUUGAGUUCAGUGUUUAUGAUAAGCACCUUGUAGAGCUGUUUUUAGAUUGAUAGAUUGAAGGCUUUUAACAUCAGUGAUUACAGAUAAAGCAAUCAAUAUUUUUUACAGCCUACAGCUUUGCAGGAAAAGUAGGAAAAGCACAGGUGAAGUUG